UCACGCACGCACAUUGUACAAACAAUAGUGUAGGAGUGAGCACGUCGCCUUUGGUUCGCGCAAAGGGCGCUGCAGUUUCUGUCGGAGACCCGCCCGUUUGUCACGCGCGCUUGUUGUGCGAGAGGUAAAGUUGCGUAGAAAUGUUCGCAAGUGGAGUGCGCCGCACCGAUCGUACCCUAAAACAGUAAACACAGUGAGACAGAAGUGAUUAACAAAAAAAAAGGGUGUAAACAUUACCCGUUUUGCCAGACAGCCAUUGGGAAUUCGUGUCUUUGUUUUACGGGGGCGCUCUCUUUGUGACAUAAUAUUCCAGCUCGAUGAUGAGACGCACCGAUUACAACUGAUGACGUAGCGCCCGUAAGUACUCCGACUGCCUAAUUGAGGUUCGUGUCUCGCCGCGGUGACGACGGCCGACGACAGGUGACGAACCUCCUCCAUUGGGCAGAAGCAAAACAAACUGUGUGGAAGAGAGAGAGAGAGACAACGGUGUGAGAGUGAAACAGUGCGAACCGAGUUUACGGAGGAGUAGAAAACGUGCCAACCAGCGGCAACCGUCGAUGAGUCCCGAUGACGCUGUCCCGGGAGCAUCAUCAUCAUGCAUCGCUCCUCCUGCUGGUGGUGAUCGUCGGGGUCGCGUCGCUGGUCGGUGUGUGCGACGGCCAGUACUACACGACGCGUGAUCCCCGAUGGUACUCGCGGGAAGGUGACUUUAACUACAAAAUUCCCAACCCGGGCGAUCCAGAGUAUCGGACAUACACAUUCAACAAUCGAAGGUAUGGAUACUAUCAACCGAACGGAUACGGUCAACAGUACCCGGGACAGAGCCUUCCGGGGCAGUACCCGAGCAACACCGGCCUAGGAGACGAUCGCUUCAAGUAUGAUCCGACCAAUCCAACGCUCGCCCAGACACCGUUCCCCGGUGUGCUCGGCGGUUGGCGGGAAGAUCUUCAGGGUAAGCUGCGCCGCGAUUCGAUGCAGCUCGAGCGGGACGUGUUCGUGACGACCAACUACGGUCAGGUGCAGGGCUUCAUGGUGUAUCUGUACGACAAUCCGGACCCGAAGAACCUGUACCGCCCGUGGCACAGCAACGUCGAUCGCAUCAUGGGCAAGUGUUCCACCUUUCUGGGCAUCCCGUACGCACUGCCACCGACCCACGAGGGACGGUUUAAGCCACCGCGUCAACAUCGGGGCUGGCAGCUGGUGCAGGCGGUCGAUUAUGGCCCGGCCUGUCCGCAGCCGGUACAGUAUACGGGCGCUACGAAAGGUAUCCGCGAUAUGGACGAAGACUGUCUGUACUUGAACAUCUUUUCGCCUAAUACACAAGCAGGAGUCGCUCAACGCUACCCGGUCAUGAUCUACAUCCACGGUGGUGAGUUUGUGCGCGGUGCUUCCAACACCUUCCCGGGGCAUAUGCUGGCCGCGUUCUACGAUGUGGUGGUCGUCACCUUCAACUACCGCCUCGGAGCGCUCGGGUUCCUCUCAACCGGGGACGAAAACUCUCCGGGCAACUAUGGCAUCCUCGACCAGAUUAUGGCCGUCCGGUGGGUGUACGAAAACAUUGAAUCGUUCAACGGUGACCGUAACUCGAUCACACUGUUCGGCCCUGGGGCCGGUGGUGCCUCCGCCGGACUGUUGAUGGUGGCACCGCAAACGAAGGACAUUGUGACGCGCGUCAUCGGGCAGUCCGGUUCGGCCCUGGCCGACUGGGCGCUGAUCGUGGACAAGUGGCGAGCGCAGAAUACGAGCCGCGUGUUUGCCCAGAACGUGGGCUGCUCGAUCGAGACGUCCUGGAAGAUGGUGAACUGUAUGCGCAACGGGCGCAGUUCGUACGAGCUGGGCAAUGCGGAGUUCCCGCCCCACGUUGGGCUGUUCCCGUGGGGUCCGGUGUUGGAGAACAAUUUCACCUUCCCGGGGGAUAGCUGGUACGAGGGAUGGAGCGAGCGCGAUUGGCACUUUCUGGCGGAAACGCCGGAAAGUUUGAUCCGGCGGAGGCAUUUUAACCGCGGGCUGCAUUACAUGAGCGGCGUGACGCUGCAGGAGGCGGCGUUUGUGAUUACGGGGAACAAGUCGCUGGCGCCGUACUUUGAGGUCGAUGAGCGGUUCUUCGAUCAGAAGGUGCGCGAGCUGGUGCUGAGGUACAAUUACACGCUGAAUUUGAACGGGACGUACGAGGCGAUCAAGUACAUGUACACGUACUGGCCGGAUCCGAAGAACACCACCUUCAUCAGGGAGCAAUACAUUAAUCUCCUUUCGGACUUCCUGUAUCGGGCACCGACGGACAAGCUGAUCAAGCUGCUCGUCGAACAGAACGUUCCGGUGUACAGCUACGUGAUGAACACCACGAUCGAGGGUCUGAAGUUGGCCGAAUGGUGUAAGGUUCCGCACGACAUCGAGCAUUACCUACUCGCCGGUGCACCGUUCAUGGAUGUGGAGUUCUUCCCGAGGCGUGAGCGCUUCGAUCGGCUGAUGUGGACGGACAACGAUCGCAACAUGAGCCACUUCUUCAUGAAGACGUACUCGGACUUUGCGCGGCAUGGUAAUCCAACGCCAACGCAGGUGCUUGGUUUGUACUUUGAGAAGGCGCGCAAUGGAGAGCUGAAGUAUCUCAACCUAAACACGACCUACAACUCGACGAUCAUGAUGAACUACCGGCAGACGGAGAGUGCCUUUUGGAUGGAGUAUUUACCAACAGUGGUCGGUGUGCUGAUACCUACCUAUCCACCAACGACGGAGUUCUGGUGGGAGCCGAAGGAACCGUUGCAGAUCGCGUUCUGGAGCUUGGCCGCGGCCUGUCUCAUACUGAUGGUGCUCGUCGUAAUAUGCUGUAUGAUGUGGCGCAGCGCAAAACGAGAAUCUGAUCGCCUCUACGACGAAGCCGUCUUCGGCAUGGACAAUCCCGAGUCCGAGCGGGACACGGUGAUGGAGAACAACAUGCUCCAAGCGCAGCCACUGCGCGGCCAGUCCGGCAACAUCUACGAGUACCGGGACUCCCCGUCCAAGUACAGCAAGAUGCCACCGGACGGCGGCGGCGGUUCCAUCCGGUCGCCGAGCAGUCUCGGCAUGACGCAGGUAACGGGGAAGAGUGGACUUACCGGCAGCCAAAGUUCGCUACGCAGUGCCAUCUCGAUGAAGGAAUCGUCCUCCAUCUCACCGCCACCACUGUCGAAGGAGUCCAACUUCGAUCGGAACAUCAAGUACGCCGGUUCGGACACGGUACCGUCCGAUACGAUCCAGCGCAAUGGCAAGUUCGCGCGUUCCGACUCGAAGAACCUGCUGGCGAACCAGAUGUCCCAGGCAGAGUUGGCCCGAUCGCAGCGUGAUCUUGGCGGUGCAACGUCACCGAUGAGUGAAACCUCGACCAUGGCUGGCAGUGUGCUGGGGCGAUCGCAGCAAAUCACGCCCGUUCCAUCGAGCCGUGGCGGAGGUAUGAAGAGCAACAAUGCCAGCAGAACGAACCUGAUCGAGGGAAUUCCACAGACGGCGGUUUAGUGUGUAAGAGAGUAUUUUAUGUUUUGAUUUUAACCUUUUUUUUGUUUUGUUUCCCCCAUUUUUUUGUCACUUCCAUUCACAAAAAUGUCGUGUUUUUGUUGAGUACAACAUGGAACUGGCUUUUAUAAGUACUGCUACACAGCCCCAUCACAUUAUGGUUUUAACAGAAUAGCGGCGCACCGAGCAGAGGCGCACCGCAUCCUUCAGGGAGUUGCGUUUGCAAGAGCAACUCUGUCCUGUAAGUGGGUGUGCGUCAUGCGUCUUCGGUUUAGCGCCGCAAAACCCGUUGUUUAAGUAGUUUAAGUAUAUUAAUCAGUUUCGGGCAAUCGUACUAGUAGAGCUGAGUAGGUAAGUUUUAGCAAAAGUAAUGUGGGAUGUUAAAGAUCUACAAUAGAUUGUGUUAUCCCCCCCGCUCCCCUACGUCCCAACAAAGCGUUUAACGAAACCGACUGGCACAAAGUGCCUUUGGAGUUUUAAGUGAAGGGGAGUAGUAACAAUAGAAGUACAUCCCUUCGUAGCCGAUAAUGUCUUUUGACGCACAAAACAAACACAAAUCGGUGUGAAAAGAGGGUUCACUGUACGAUGAACUCCUUAACCCGUUUGUGUGUUCUACCUUAGUAUGUAAGGUUUCGUGUUAGUGUUAGGUAGUAGCAGCUAGCUUCUAAGUGUAUGUGUUACGUACUACGCGUGUUCUCAUCUGUACAUAUCGAUGCAUCCUCGUGUUGUCGUGUCAGUGUAUCCGUCCAAACGCCGUGUUUAGUUUUGUCAUCACCGUGACCAAUCAUCAUCAUCAUCAUCGUUCAUUAGCUCAUUUUUUGUGUUGUGUACGUGUUGUUGUUGUCGUUGUCCCCACGUGUGGUGUUUAAAGCUAAGCCUUUUUUUAGGUUAAGUAGUUUACUUUAGUGUAGCUGUACUGUUAGUUUCCUAGUUGCCAAGCGAUGUUAUAUCAUAGCUCGCUUGGGUUUUAUUUUUUCUAUGCGCUUGCGCUUCUUCAUCUUCCUUGAUCUUCUCGGAUCUUCUGGACAGAUCGUUGCAGUUAGCAUUUACUUUGGGCCAAACUGUGCAAAUAUUAUCCGUACUUCGAGGGGAGGCACGGACCGGGUGAUAGUGCGAGAUAGGCAGGGCAAUCCAGCCAAUCAAGCCACAUCCAGUCCCGUGUUUUCCCUCCUUUUUUUACAUUCCUUAUUAAGAUUAGUAUCUAUUCGUCUUUAAUGUUUUAUACACACACACUUACCCCCCCCCCCCAUUCAUCGUCUGCUUGUUUUAUGAUUAUUGUGUUUUUUUGUUUGUUUCUGUUAAGCAGCUCCAACAUGCUUCGUAUAAUACAUUCCUUAUUCUUUAGUACUGUUGUAUCCCGUGUAAGUGUUCUUAAGUAAUAAGCGGCAGGCGUUUUCGUAAGGCGUUUUCCAGCGAAUGGUUGAAUUUGUACAUAGCUAGUUUCGGUUUCGCUUCACACAAACUUACCAUUUAAGUAUUACGUGAUUGCCACACACAAACACACCCACAGUGGUUUAGUAAGGGGGUAUCCCAAGCGCGAGUUCAUUCGUAACUUUCGCAUUCGGCGUAUUUUAAUUCGUAACUUUCGCUAAGUACCGGUCUCCCUUUUGGGAAUGCUGUGGGCAAAAAAAUAAGACAGAAGAGAAGGAUAAAGAUCGAAUAAAUUUUAUUGUAAAACGGAACGAAACAAUGAA